UAAUGGCCUGGAGAAGCAGCUAGCGAAGAAACCACCACAAAAGAAGGAUAAAAGGAUUCGAUCGUAAACCCUACUCUGCACUUCUCAGUAUCAAUCGACCAAAGGUGAAAGCAGAAGAAUCAGAUGGCUCCUUCGGACGACGGUGGUCACAUCGUGAUGCUACCUUUCAUGGCUCACGGCCACCUCAUCCCGUUCCUUGCCCUUGCCAGGCGAAUCCAGCGACGAAGCCGCUUCACCAUCACCAUUGCCAGCACUCCUGUUAACGUGCGCCGCCUUCGUUCCACUGCCAUGGCAGACCCCACGCUCAGGGCCAUCAAUUUCGCAGAGCUCGCCUUCGAUCCCUCCGCCCACGCCCUGCCGUCCAACACAGAGAACACCGAGAACAUGCCGCUAACCCAGAUGGUAGACCUCUGCUAUGCGUCGCUGAGCUUGAGAGCUCCCCUGGAAAGUUUGGUUGCCAACAUAACCUGCCGGGAGGAUGGGCGGCCACCCGUCUGCAUAAUCUCCGACAUCUUCUUCGGCUGGGCAGCGGAUGUGGCCAAGGCCUUCGGGACGAGGAACUACACCUUCACCACUUGCGGGGCCUAUGGGACCUCGGCGUACGUGUCCAUGUGGCUCCACCUCCCGCACCGCGGGAUGGAGUCCGGCAAGUUCAUAGUCCCGGCCUUCCCAGAACGAUGCCUCUUCGACAAGUCGCACCUCGUGGCGAUGAUCAGGGAGGCGGAUGGGGACGACGUGUGGUCCAGAUUCCUCCGGCCUCAGUUCGAGCUCACUCUCAAUUCGAGCGGGUGGUUGUGUAACACGUCCGAGGAAUUUGAGCCGCUCGGGCGGCCCCUAAGAAACCUGGUGAAGCUUCCGGUCUGGACCAUCGGUCCCCUUCUUCCUGACGCGAUCGUCAGGAACGACGACUCUUCAGGUUCCUCGACUUCCAUCUCUGAACAUCGCCCUGGAAAGCCGCUCGGGAUCGGCCCAGAGAGAUGUGUCGAGUUUCUCGACGAGCACCCUCCGGGCUCCGUCGUAUACGUCUGCUUCGGUUCCCAAAACACCAUAACCGAGUCCAACAUGAAGGAGCUUGCCGCUGGGCUCGAGGCGAGCGAAAGGCCGUUCAUAUGGGUCAUGAGGCCGCCCCUCGGGUUCGACAUGGGGGGCGAGAUGAGGGACGAGUGGCUGCCACCAGGGUUCGAGAAGCGAGUCACAAGGGUAGACGAGAAGAAGAAGAAGAAGAAGAGGGGGUUGCUGGUGAGGGACUGGGCACCACAGCUGGAGAUCCUGCGGCACAGCUCGACCGGGGCGUUCCUCAGCCACUGCGGCUGGAACUCGACGCUGGAGAGCCUGAGCCAGGGGGUGCCGAUCAUCGGGUGGCCAAUGGCAGGGGAGCAGGCGUACAACGCGAAGAUGAUGGCGGAGGAGAUGGAGGUCUGCGUCGAGCUGGCGAGGGGCGCGGCGGCGGAGGUGAGCCGGGAGGAGGUGAGGAGGGCGAUCGAGGCGGCGGUGGGCGAUGCAGAGGGCGGAAAAGGGAAGGAGUUGAGAGAGAGAGCCAUGGAGGCGAGGGAGAAGAUCAGGAGGGCGGUGACGGAGGAGAGGGGUCUUCAGUUAAAGCCAUGGAUGAGUUUUUGAGGAAUCUGGUGACGUCCUGAUCUGAUCGACAGUCGUCGUCGUCAUUCAGUGCAUGGAAUGAAUCAAUCAAUCUCUUUCGGUCGCUGCUUUUCUCUAUAUUUUAGUUAGCCGUCAUGUUCUUCUAUCUACGGUGGGGUUGGAAAAGAUGACCUCUCUCGUUGUCGUGACCCUCCCAAUAAAUUUUCGGGCGUGUUGCUCUCUUUUAUCCAUCCAAAAUCGAGCUAUUAUCUACUUUUAC